AGAGGAAACAGGCAGGGCAGCAGUGUAUUCUUGAGGCUUUCUUUGUGCCAAUACAGAAGUACUUUGUGGUAGGCCAUCUGGGCUGGAAGGAUUUCCUCACAAUUCAAAGUAUGACGUCUGUCACAGUGCACUAGGAUUUGCUCUGAAGCUCUGGAGGUCGCGAGGAAACGUUGACAAAUUCGACUUUAGGACGUGUGAAAUAGGUGCUAGAAUGGAAUCCAACUUCCCUGACCUAACACAUGCAAGAUUUUCCUCCACAUUCGGGAACUUAAGCAAUGAUGAUAGCAUUUCUGCUACAAGUACCUCUGAUGUGCAGGACCGCUUGUCUGCCCUGGAACUGAGGGUUCAGCAACAGGAAGAUGAAAUCACAGUGCUUAAAGCUGCCUUGGCUGAUGUUCUCAGACGUCUGGCAAUUUCUGAGGAUCAAGUGGCAACUGUAAGAAAAGCACCUCCUAGCAAAGGUCCACCUAUGCUUCGUGAAGCCCUUUCUAUGUCAUGUAUAACAAAUGGAGGUUCUGGAACAAGGAAACCAACCCACACUGGAUCUAUCGCUAGAAAAGAUACACUGGCAUCAGCUGCCAAAAGUAGCACAGAGAAAAAGAAAGAGAAACCCCAAGGCGUCAAAGAGGAAUCAAAUGCAAAUUACCAAAAUCCUUUAAAUCAAGCAUCUCCUUCUCCCCAACCUUCCCCACAGCCUAUCCAAACACACAGGCAAAAUCAGGAAAGCAGAAACCCUGCGCCAGGCAAAAGUGUUAAACGAAGCUCUACUAUAGAAAAACCACACAAUACGUGGGAGACCUCUGAUGACAGUCGAAACAGACUCAUGAGGGCAGCUUCAACGUCAAAAUUAACAUCAAGGGUUAACAAAGCGGCAGACAAGCAUAAAGAUAUUGUCAUCAGCCCAGCAAAAAUGUCCACACGAGAGAAAAACAGCCUAGAAGGAGAAUACAUAAAGAUGUUCAUGAGAGGUCGACCAAUCACAAUGUUCAUUCCUUCUGAUAUCGAAAGCUAUGAAGAUAUAAGAACGGAACUACCACCAGAAAAAUUAAAACUGGAGUGGGUAUAUGGAUACCGUGGGAGAGACUGCCGCGCUAAUGUUUACCUUCUCCCUACUGGAGAAAUUGUAUAUUUCAUAGCAUCUGUUGUAGUACUAUUCAAUUAUGAAGAAAGAACUCAGCGGCACUACCUGGGUCAUACAGACUGCGUUAAAUGUAUUGCCGUCCAUCCAGACAAAAUCAGAAUCGCAACAGGACAGAUAGCAGGAGUGGACAAAGAUGGAAGGCCUUUACAGCCUCAUGUAAGAAUCUGGGACUCAGUUAGUCUGUCCACGUUGCAAGUUAUUGGCCUCGGAACUUUUGAGCGCGGUGUUGGAUGCCUUGAUUUCUCCAAAGCGGACUCAGGAGUACACUUGGCAGUGAUCGAUGACUCAAAUGAACAUAUGCUUACUGUGUGGGACUGGCAAAAGAAGUCAAAAGUAGCAGAAAUAAAGACUACAAAUGAGGUGGUCUUGGCUGUAGAAUUCCAUCCAACUGACGGCAACACUAUAGUCACCUGCGGAAAAUCGCACAUCUUUUUCUGGACCUGGAGUGGCAACUCUCUUGCAAGGAAGCAAGGGAUAUUCGGGAAAUAUGAGAAACCAAAGUUUGUACAGUGUUUAGCCUUUCUAGCAAAUGGUGAUGUACUUGCUGGAGAUUCCGGUGGAGUCAUGUUAAUAUGGAGUAAAACUCCUGUAGAAUCUACAGCCGGUAAAGGAGUGAAAGGUGUCUACCAAAUAAGUAAACAAAUCAAAGCUCAUGAUGGCAGCGUGUUCACACUGUGUCAAAUGCGGAGUGGGAUGCUGCUUACUGGCGGCGGGAAGGAUCGGAGAGUGAUUAUGUGGGAUCACAACCUUAACCCAGAGAGGGAGAUUGAGGUACCAGAUCAGUAUGGCACCAUUCGAGCUGUAGCUGAGGGCAAAGCUGACCAGUUUUUAAUUGGCACCUCUCGGAAUUUUGUUUUACGAGGCACAUUUAAUGAUGGUUUCCAAGUGGAAGUUCAGGGUCAUACGGAUGAGUUGUGGGGUCUGGCAACACACCCAUUUAAAGAUCUGCUGUUAACAUGUGCUCAAGACAAGCAGGUCUGUUUGUGGAACUCUGUGGACCACACACUCGAGUGGACCAGACUUCUAGAUGAACCUGGACACUGUGCGGACUUCCAUCCAAGUGGGAUAGUCGUAGCUAUCGGAACACAUUCUGGAAGAUGGUUUGUCCUGGAUGCAGAGACGAGAGAUCUUGUUUCAAUACACACAGAUGGUAAUGAGCAGCUUUCAGUGAUGCGAUACUCAGUUGACGGAACCAUGCUGGCCGUGGGCUCACAUGACAACUUCAUUUACCUCUAUAACGUGUCAGAAAAUGGAAGAAAGUAUAGCAGAUAUGGAAAGUGUACUGGACAUUCCAGUUACAUUACACACCUCGACUGGUCCCCAGAUAACAAAUACAUUAUGUCAAACUCAGGAGACUAUGAAAUAUUAUAUUGGGACAUUCCAAGUGGCUGUAAAUUAAUUCGGAAUCGUUCAGACUGUAAAGAUAUUGAUUGGACAACAUACACUUGUGUACUAGGAUUUCAAGUGUUUGGAGUGUGGCCUGAAGGAUCAGAUGGCACAGAUAUUAAUGCCUUAGUAAGAUCUCAUAACCGAAAGGUUAUUGCUCUCGCUGACGACUUUUGUAAGGUUCAUCUAUUUCAGUAUCCGUGCUCCAAACCAAAGGCACCAAGUCACAAGUACAGUGCUCACAGCAGCCAUGUCACUAAUGUCAGCUUCACGCAUAACGAUAACCACCUGAUUUCAACAGGUGGAAAAGACAUGAGCAUCAUGCAGUGGAGACUUAUAGAAAAGGUAUCGCUCUCCCAAAGUGACAAUAUAGUUGAAAUAAGUGCUGCUGUUACACCAGUUUUAAGUGAAAUAGUUACAGAGGAAAGUUCCCCCACGUCUGAUGCACCAGAGGAUGUAGAAUUCAGCAACACGCCUGUAGAGGAGAGGAAAACGCCUGUAGAGUCUCCAGCACAAACAGAGGAUGCUUUGGAGGUAGUCACAGACUGCAUUGAGGAUCCAAACGAGGUCCAAAGCGACGAGAAUAUCCAAGAACCAGUGGAGGCAAAUGGUGAAGAUGCAUCUAGUGAAAUAGUCGAAGAGGCAACCGAUUCUGCGGAAACGGAAAACAAAGAUUCAGAAGUGUCUUAACAGAUUAAAAUGUAUUGUUCGGUUGUUGGUUUUUUUUUAUUUUUAUUUCUAUUUCUCUUUAUUUUAUUUUAUUUUAUUUUUUUUGUACCUGGUGUGUGAGCUUUCGUCGUGAAGAGGGUUUAAAUAGCAAGAUAAUAUUUGGUUGUCAUUUGAUACCACGUGUGAAUUAGGCUUGUUUCGUCCAGGAAUCUGUGUCAUGGGCUCCAGGAAAAGCCAAAGCUGGAAGGUUGACAAGACAUGUAUAUGAUAGAAUUCAGGAAAUUAUGUCACAACUGGUUUGUUGCACAUAUUAUGUAGGGUCAAACUGGGUCAAUAAAGUUUAAAUGAAAUGCAUAGAAACCUACAACUAAUGUUUUAUAGCAGAGAUAACUACAUAUAUUGCAGAGGCAUUUCCUAGAUUCAGAAAAUAAAUGCCGAAGGAUAAUGAGCUGUGCGUUGUUCACACAAGAAAAUAAAACCUUUAAAUGUGCUCUAUUUUCGGCACGCCUUUGGUCAACAUGUAUGCAAUUUCUUAGCCUUCUAGUUAACAUUUGCCAUAGAAGGAUUGCCCUAAGUGCUGCUACUAAUUUUGAGGACUAUUUUUAUUACCGAUCAAAUGUAUAGCAGCUUAUUUAAGAUCUACUGUAGCUUUAUCCUGAACAAGCCUUUUUUUUAAAGAGAAUCUAAGUCCAUAUUUCUCAUUUCUGUAAAUUUAAACACACGUGAAUGGACAUAAACUGCAUUCAGGAAAACCAUGUGUUUUUGCAGUAGUAAUAUAAUUGAAUCACAAAAUAUACAAAAAUCACUGUUAACAAACAAUGGUGCUUGGCAUUUCUAAAUGAUCUUUCUUUGUGUUUUCUUUAAAAAAAAAAAAACAACAACUUUAGAAUUGUAAUUAAAAAAAACAGCUCAGAUUAGUUUCAGUAGUACUUUUUUUAUUUUUAAGCUUUUUCAGCAGUAAAAUCAACGCAUUUCACACCCAACCAAUCUUGAAGACACAUUUUCUUUAUUAUUGUGAAUAUUUUAUUAAAACAAAGUAUUCUAUAACUUUGCUCAAAUAUUUUAGGUAGGUUUAGACACUUUUUUUUUUCUUUUGUUUAAUGCACAAGUCUUAAGUGUGCAAGCGUUUACGUCAUUGCGCCAUUCCAAAGUGCAUCAAAAAUGUCAUUCCCUUCCAGUACCUUCUCAGGAGUAUUGCAACAGAUCAGGUUCAUUAGAAGAUUACAGUGGCCGCCCAAAGGACAUUACAUACAUAAACAUAUCUAAAAUGAAUUCAUAUGGUAAUGUGUGCAUGUGUCAAUACAGUAGAUAUUUGUAGAUUUUCAUAUUUGUCUGUGUAAAUUAUAUUUUACACACACAUCUAUGUAAAGAUUUACUCAGAUGUUUUCUCUUGUUUACAGUGGUCCUAAAAAUGCCUCAAAAUCUUGAGGGAAUAAUAGCGUUUCCAAACAAAAUGUGUUUUUACCAUGUGCUGUGUACCAUUUUCAUCAAAUGUGUUGGUGGCAUUUAAUGAAAAACCACAUAAAUUUGUUAUAAAUUCUAUAGUGGAUUAAAAGGAAGUACAUCAAGUUACACAUUUGUGUUUGGGGUAAAAAGUUUGUUGCCGUUAAAAAAAAAUAAAAAAAAUAAUAAAGUAAGGUUUAUGAAAUUACUAAUAUGCAAAGCCUUGCAUUAUGUAUGUAAUGGCAACUACCAUAUAAAAAAUAAAAAUGUAAAAAAAAGUUUAUUAUGUGAUUUAUGUAUGGAAAGAGUUUUAAUUAUGUAACUAGAUUCAGGUCAAAAAUUGUGAAUGAAAUCUGAAUACUCGUGUUUCAUGUGAAGAUGUUUGAGCCAUUUCUAUCUCAUGCAUUCCUGUCUCAUGACAGUAAUUUUUAUUUUAUUUUUUUUUGACAUUUAAGAGCAAAAUAAAAUCGUACCAUAGA